AAAUAAAUAAAUUUACUUUUUUCCCUAAAACUUAAAAAAGAAAAAAUUAGGAAAGAUUUGCUGUACCUCCUGAGGUUAGAAAGAACGUUCGAAACAAACGAGAAAACACCCUGGAAUAUCACAAGGCGGUUGGGGAAAGAUGAUGCUGUUGGGAAGGGUUAGAGAGGUGAAGCAGAGUGUGGUACAUCUUCGUCAUCUAUGCCACAACCCACAGAGAUAUAUUCAAGAUCUCGAACUGCUCAAGUGCUUCAAAUCCGAGAUUCAGUUCGAGCUUUCUUCCAAUCAUUUUCAGAAUGCUCAAACUGGUUCCUUAGGGGACUUUGUGAUGGAACCUGACUCACUCAGUUCCAAAGAUGUCGUUUUGCGAAGAAAAUUCGAUUCUGGUGAGGAAGUUGCAGUUUCUGCUAUUCUGGGGCCUCCUAACUACGAGGAAGACACCGUUUUUCCAAGAGAUGCUUUUAUGAAAGUGUGUGUGAAAAAACCAACAUUAAGCUCCAUUUUGCAGUUUGACUGUGGAGUUCAUGAAGAAACUGAUAAGGGCUCUGAUUUUGACAUAUAUAAUGCUUAUUAUCUCAGAUCACCUACAUUUCUCAAGCCUUCCAAUUACAGAGGUCCCUUAUUCAGGUAAGCUGAUACUGGCCAUUGUUCCUUACAAUUAUUAUCUAUGUUAAAACAAUUUUGGUUUUCCUGUUUGAGGGGAAGUUGAUUUGUAUUGGCUUUACAAUUUUGUGGUGGAUAUAUUUAGUGCUGGAGAUUUGCUUCAAUGAACAAAGAGUACAAUUUGUGAUAUAGAUUAGAGUAAAUGACAAAUUCAACCCCUAAAAUUGUCAUUUUAGUCCUUCUAUAGUUAACAAAAUGCCCAAAACCCCCGGGAAGUAUGAAUCUUUUCAUCUGAGUCCCUAGAUUUAACCAGUUCUGUCUUUUUUUAUUCUUUAACAAUUUUAGUAUAAUCAAUUAAGUCACAUAUCUAGCACUAAUUGUAUCUGAAUAAUUACAGCUUUGGGGAACUUUUUGAGAAUUUAUUUUGUUCAAGAGACUAAUGUAAGACUAUGUUCAACAACUUCAGAAACUAAAGU